GCAGCUGAAAGUGUUGCGCUCAAGGGGGUGUUUUUUCACAGCUCCUGAGAGCGAAAGUUGCCGCCCUGUAGAUUGCGGAGGUAGAUAAGACGCAGUGGACUGGCCCCUCCUAGACCGCGGGGCUGGGAGGAGGCAGAUGAGCAGCGGGUGGGGUGGUGUCAGCUCAGCCGGGAGCGGAGACCGUUGGGCUGCUGCGUAGCCCCCUGGAAGAUCCUGCGGCGGCAGAUAUAGGAGGAAACAUGAACGGGAACAAAACAAAUUGGGUCCUGGUCACUGGCUUCAUUAUUCUGGCAGUGUUUUGCAGUUCUGGAUAUAUGCUGAAGUGUUACAACUGUCCAUUUACUGCUGUGCCAUGUAAGACCAAUGUUACCUGCUCAAGUGACACUGAUUCUUGCCUAUGGCUUAAAGUUGGUGAAAACACGUUCUCUGGUUGCUAUAAAUAUUCCGACUGCGGCAUGAACCAAAUUAAAGAGAAAUACAAGGUUGACAACUUCAGUUUCAAAUGUUGCCAAAAAGAUCUGUGUAACAGGAGUCAAACCACAAUGAUUAGUACAGCAGUCUUCAGCAUUGCUACCAUGAUGACCAUGAUCUGGAUACUCUGCUUUUAAGAUGGAGGGGGAGGGGAAGAUAAUUUUUUUUCUUAUAUACCUACUGAUUUAUAAAUCGUACAAAGAAACAUGCUGUCUAUUGUAUACAGUUUUUGUGCCUGAACAGUUGUUUGAGAAAGCAGACUUAGAAAAGACACUUUUUUUUUUUUUUAAAAGCUAUAUGUUAAAAAUAUAGAGAAAGUACAUCUGCAGUGGUAGAUAAUUAAACUUCCAUCAAGAAUCUGCAGUUAUCUAUGUGUUAGCUGGAGUAAAUUCUUUCCCUUGCCUACAGUGAGUUUCAUAUCUCUGACUUGAUUUAAAUUUGUCCUCUACACUCCAGUUGUGGCAAUGUUACAUAGCCUUCCAAAGCUAUAAGCAAUUUUUUCAAGUCAGACUAUUGUUUGUGAAACUGUUAGUUGUCUUGCCCCAGCAGCUUUUCCUUUAUUUUCUUAUGUAAUUGUUUUUGCUUGAAAAUGUUUAACAAAUGCUAUACAAAAAAGCAACCAUGACCUGAUAACUGCCAAAAUUGUAUUAUUAUGGAUACUGCUUUGUGGCUAAUGCAUUGCAUGCUUAUACAUGAAAUGACUCUU